UUGGCUCGUGAAAUUGCUACUAUUAGCUACCGAUCAGGGCCUGAAUGGGAACAGCGGUUUGGUAGAAAACGCGAGCGAGAGGAUCAACCGCCUGCCCUUUGUCCUGAUUUUUUGAUAGAAACUUACCUUGAUUAUCAG